CGUUCUUUGCGUCCUUAAAUUCGUCGUCCGAAGUAGGAUCGUAUUGUCCUGUAAAUUAAGUCAAAUAAAGUGUCAGUCGCUGCAAUUUGUUGUUUACUCGUCGAAAUUGUGAAGGUCGUCGAUGGUAAGCUUUUUUAAUGUCAAGCGCCGCGGCCAUUUUGUGUAGGUUACCUCCCGGUUACUUGUACUUACCCACCUAGGGAAGCAGGGUAUGUUUUAACUGGGCUUUAACCGAUCGGUAUAACUAACCAAAUUUUAUACAAACGCUUACCGAUCAGUAACCAACAAGUUACCGACUUUUAACCGCCGGUAUGUGUUUGACCGCCGGUUUAACCAAUCGGGUGCUGGUGGUUCACAUUUUCAGAGACUGAAAGUUCUCAGCUUUGACAACAUUUAAGACGCGUGCUAUGUGUAUAAAAUUGACCAAGCCGACAAUGAUCUGAACACAACGGUGAGUAUUCAUCAACAUCUCUUCGUUGUGAAAAUCGAAGCUUAACCCAUGUAUGCCUAGCGUCUAGAAAAAAGGCCUUGUAUCAUGCGGCGUCUCAUCAGGGUCUGCGCUGCUUGCUUAAAGGAAUUUCUGUAAGAAAUAUUAUAAAUAUAGAAAUAAAUAUACUAGACAUUCCUAAUUUUGGAAAUAAAUUGAUACAAUAAAGAAGAAUGGGAGAGUCCACUCGGCAUAAAUGGGUUAAGAUGCAAGUGCAGUUUAGAAGAGGAUCCUGAAUAGUAUACACAUCAGAAUAUAAAACACAGAUUUACAUUGUUCUUCCUUUCUAGAUAUAACCUCUUCAGUAUAUCCAGACUCAUUUUUACCACAAGUGAUGCAUUUUAGUUUAAAGUUUUAGGUCUUGUCAAACAGAUAAAGGCAACGUAACUUGGAGAUUGAAUAUUUCCUGAGUAAUUCAAGAAUUGCGCCCUAGCAACCCUGUGGAUUUUCAUAAAAUAUUUCCAGUCGUCAUUUUGAUAGAAGCACACUAAAAAUUUGUAUAAUUGUUACAAAAAUUGUUAUAUAAACAUGUGCAUGUACUUUUUAUUGAACACAUGCUCAAUAGGACCAAUAAACACUGUCCUUAUCAUUUUGUGAUAAAAUUGUCACAUCCACACAAAAAUCCAAAAAGCAAUUUUUGUGUGACGGAAUUUUUAAAAAUAUGGAGACGGCUGAAUCCAACGGUAAACCUACAGACAAGAAUGAUCUGAAGUAUUGAAAUCAUAUUCUUUUAAUUGUGUCGUUAUGUGUAUAGUGGUAUAUGAAAAUUUAAUACGAUGCAUGUUUAAUAAGAAGUUGUAUUUGUGCUUUAGUAAUUGUUCGCUUUUUAAAAUGUACACAUGUUCAAGAAUUGAAACGGUGUUAAUGUCAACGUGUGUUGAUUUGAUCGAUAUUUUUCGCAUUCUAUUAAUGAAAUAUGCACCACACAUAGGUUCUGGUGUCGGACCCGUCUAAUACUGUGAUGUACGUGGCCGGGAACCAGUCCUUUGAACCGGAUAUACUGUCAGGUUUUCUGCAGGGAGUCUGUAAAACAGCUUACUGGGUGCAUGUGGAUCUAAAAGGCGAAGGAUCACUGACUGCACGUGCCAAGCGGAGCUGUGGUAACUCGUGCAUGAUGGUUUGUACAUCUAUUGGAGAAUGCAGUCGACAUUGCGUGAAAAACCCUUGCCCUCAAACCGGACCUGUGUGGGUGUAACGAACUAAGGAAUGAUGUUUUCUUAUUAUUACUGAAGAUUUUGUUUGCAAAACGGUUUAUCUUUGAUAAUACGACAGGUUUUUAUCACUUUUUAAGUUGCGGAUACAUUAAAGCGAGUAUGCACGGUUUUUACAUGUGUUAAAAUGUAAUAUAUUGAUAAAAAAUAUGUUACAAUAACACAAAAUAGGCAAGAAAUAAUGAUGAAAAUGAUGAUGGCAAUAAUAAUUGAUAAUAAAUGUACUUCUAGCCUAUAUGAUGUCUGAUGUCAUUAUUUCAUUCUUUCAUAUCAACAGACAAUCACACAGCAUAAACAAAAGAAAAAAUACCCCAAAAAGGUACUUUAAUCGAUGCAAUCCACAUACACAUCAAAACAAGUUUUGCGUUUGUAGCAACUGAUUUUUAAAGUGCCCUUUAAAGGAAAUAAUUGUAGGUGCUUCUCUUAUAUUUAUUGGAAUCUUCCUUAUAUACAUAUAUGCCGUUUUCAUUCAAACGGGAGCGUUAGAUGUUUAUGCAAAUGACUCUACCUAUCAUGUAGCUGAUGUUGACAUUAAAAACAUUCAAAGUACUUUGCAAAAUGACUUAGAUAUAAUAUCAAAUUGGUGCUCUUUAUACAAUAUGUUAAUACAUCCAAACAUAUGUGGUGGUCAUAUACAUAAUAAAGUGAUAAGAAAAACGAACAAAAAUCAUUGUUCUAAAAUAUUCAAAUGCAUACAGAUUCAUGCUGUUAUUUAUAAUGUUAUUUCCUCUUACAUGGUUAUGGAUAUGAAUAACAUGUGUUAUUUACGUAAUGAUUAUUAAAUAACUAGAUGAAUCAAAUUCUCACACCGAUAGAAUGCUCAAAAAUAAUAAUCAAUCAGUUCAGCGGUUUUCUUGUGAAUACAAAACAAUACGUGAUUACAAACUAAUUGGCUGGUUAAUUAUCAAAUGCACUUUAUUUAGGAAAUACAUAUGCAUACUGUUUAGUUAAACAGGUAACAAAAUGCGGUUAUAAUUUUUGUUGGGAGAUGUGGAGAACAGAAUGUGCUUAAAUUAAUGUUUAUGGCACGUAUUAUCUUUGCUUGGUUGUAACGCUUGGAUACAUGUGAGACCAGAUCGGCUCACCGUAUAAAAUGCAUACGCCUUGCACGAUAAACCAUAGCCGUUCAACACGCUGACCACCUAUUCUCUAUCUAAUUAAUACCAUAUAAUUACAACGUUUUCACUGAAAUGUGCUCCCGGACUGUCAAGGACGCAUUAGGACGCACAAGGACAAUCAAUACGUAAAUACGGCUGUCCUCGGACCCUAUACGGCACGUUGCCAUCGUCCCGAAUCUUCACGGAUCAACACGGCAGUAUUGAACUUCCCAAAACUGCCGUGUUGCCCUUCCGGAGCCCCUUUAGAAUAUCUUUUAUCUCCUGAAAACCACUGUUCUAACGCUACAGCAGUUUCGAAUCUAUUUCUAACAGUGGUGUGAGGGGUUGCGUGCGCGGGCGUGUGUGUGUGUGUUUGUGUGCGCGCGCACGCGUUCAUGCGUGUGUGCGUGUGCGCGUGCCUGUGUGUGUGCAUGUGUGAAAGGUACAUAGAAUAAACUCACAAUUGGUCAUUAUUUUAAAAUGAAUGUGUAGCAAUUUCCAUGUAUUUGCUGUAGUUUAGUUUAGUGACACGCUUAUCAGAAGCCCUUAUAGACUCCCCUAUUGGUCGAGUCCCAUUUCUAGAUAUCCACAGACAAAAUCGUUCGGCUGAUGGGUAUGUAACAAUAAUUCAAACUUGUUAUAACUUAUAAUAACAGCUCAUUUUAUACAUAUCUGACAAUAAUAUGUGCAUAGUUAAAAAUAAAAUGGUUGGACCAUAUUACAUUAAUUUGUAAAAUGCUGUAGUUAAAAAACGAGUGUAUGCUAAAUUUUAUUCUAAUUGUUAUCAUACAUGUAAAUUUAAAGAGUAAGAUACACAUCGAAUUGCUUUGCAAAGUGUUAUUCAAAGAAGCAGAUUGUUCUAAAAAACGGUGUGUUUCCUUUUCCUUGAGUUGUAUGGAUGAAACAUAAUAACGAUCAAUCUACAAGGGGGUUUUUGACAAAUUUUUCGCACGCAUCGUCGACUUUAUUGUUUAAUAUAUUUUAUGGACGGACCGUUUUUCUUCGAAAUCUAUAACUUAAAAUCCCCUACACGGGUUUUUUGGUAAUUAAUGUUGGGCGGAGUGUGCGGCUAGGCUUAAUAAUGGACUUUUGAACAUAUAAUAAAUCACACAAAAAUUGAUGUUGCGAAAUGCGGAGAUAUUUUUUUUUGUAAUUUCGCAAGGUCCGGAUGUGGUGUUGGUAUAAAAAGGCUACCACCGUCGUUUAUGUUUCACUCGUUGCAAUCGUGUUCUGAUGGUUGUUUCAAGUUUCACAUAGUGGAGCUGUUAUCUAAGGAUGACAGCCGUGUCAGUUGCGAUGGAGAAAAAGAAUCCUGGUGUUUCGGAAUCUAAAACUGAAACGCGCGGCUCUGCAUCAUGGUCUAAGAAAUGCACGUGCAUCAUAGUUGUUUUGGUCGCCAUCAUUUCCAUAGCAAUCGGUGCACUCAUGGCAAUCCUCAUCGCUAACAAAUUCUUCUUGAACUGUACUCCGCCACAUGACGGGGCUGUUGUCGAUGAGCUGGUGGUCCGCAGAGGGGCGCUUACACUGAUCAUGGUCAGAGGUCAGGGGCUCAUGAUUAUUGACCAUGAACAGAGACUGAAAGUUCUCAGCUUUGACCACAUUAAAGACGCCUGCUAUGUGUCUAAAAUCGACCAAGACGACAAUGAUCUGAACACAACAGUUCAGGUGUCGGACCCGUCUACUACUGUGAUGUACGUGGCCGGGAACCAGUCAUUUGAACCGGAAAUACUGUUAGGUUUCCUGCAGGGAGUCUGUAAAACAGCUUACUGGAUGCAUGUGGAUCUAAAAGGCGAAGGAUCACUGACUGCACGUGCCAAGCGGAGCUGUGGUAACUCGUGCAUUAUGGUUUGUACAUCUCCUGGACAAUGUAGUCGGCAAUGCGUGAAAAACCCUUGCCCUCGAACCGGACCUUUGUGGGUGUGACGUACUUCAGCCUUACGAACUAAGGAAUGAUGUUUUCUUAUUAUUACUGAUGAUUUUGUUUGCAUUAAAAUAUAUUGAGCCAGACUUAAUUUGUUUCUCUCUCGAAAACGGAUUCGAACUUGUUUCCAGCUUUCUGAAUUUGAUAGAUACAGGCGGGUUGAUGUUUGCCCGAUUAUUAUGUGACUUGUUAUACCGUUAAUAAUGAACUUCAUAUGCAUGGACCAUUUAGGGACUAAAUCAGCAUACAUAAAUUGCAUAGCUUCUAUUAUAAUCAACCUAAAUAUUAAAACUGCCAUGUUUUUUUUAAAGAUAAACAUUAAAAAGUAUUACGUUUUAUUUUGGUUUAUUUACAUAAACGUGCAUCUCUACUUAUAUUGAUACAUACCGGUA